UUCCGGUCUCGAUAUCCCAGGUGCCAUAGGGGGGCCGGGCUUCUCUGGCUUGCUAACUCGGCUUCUCUGGAGGAAUCGCGCGAGGACUGAUAAGGUACCUCUGAUGCAACAUGACCAGGUGGGCACGAGUUACUACCACACAUAAUAAGAGACCCUUGCCUGCAACAUCAUGGGAGGACAUGAAGAAGGGGUCCUUGGAGGGAACAAGCCAAAAUCUACCAAAUCGCAAACAACCUGAAGCCAACAGACUGUCCCUUAAAAAAGUUGCACCCCAAGCAAAACAUAAAAAGAACAAAAAGAAGAAAGAGUACUUAAAUGAAGAUGUAAAUGGAUUCAUGGAAUACCUAAAACAGAACUCACAGAUGGUUCACAAUGGGGACAUGAUAGCAAUGGACAGCCAGGAAGUAAGGGAAGAAAUUGCAGUUGCUUUAAAGAAAGACAGUCGACGGGAAGGAAGACGAUUAAAAAGACAAGCAGCAAAGAAAAAUGCAAUGGUAUGUUUCCAUUGUAGAAAACCUGGCCAUGGAGUUGCAGAUUGCCCAGCUGCCCUUGAAAAUCAAGAUAUGGGCACUGGAAUAUGUUAUAGAUGUGGGUCCACAGAGCACGAAAUAACCAAGUGCAAGGCUAAAGUAGACCCAGCUCUUGGUGAAUUUCCUUUUGCAAAAUGUUUUGUUUGUGGGGAAAUGGGGCAUCUGUCCCGUUCAUGUCCUGAUAAUCCCAAAGGACUCUAUGCUGAUGGUGGUGGUUGCAAACUUUGUGGUUCUGUGGAACACUUUAAGAAAGAUUGCCCUGAAAGUCAGAAUUCAGAUCGAAUGGUCACAGUUGGUCGCUGGGCAAAGGGGAUGAGUGCAGACUAUGAAGAAAUUUUGGAUGUGCCAAAACCAAAGAAACCCCAAACAAAAAUACCUAAAGUUGUCAAUUUUUAAUAAUGUUCAGCAUCGUUGUUAAUUACUAUCACAUUGUUAUUUUCCGAACUGGGCGUGCUUUACAAGUUAGGCUUCCUUAGCCCCAAGAACAGUUUACUUCAUUCUGUCUAUCAAUGAGUACUUCUACCGCUGUUUGGAGAAAAUCACUGAAGAAAAGCACAAGAUGAUUAAAUUGGAUUCUCUGAAAGAACUUGUUUUUAAUGGAGAAAACUUAGACAAAACUAAGUUAUAUAGUUGAUUUUAUAUAUAUGUAUGUGUAUGUAUGUAUGUGUGUGUAUAUAUAUAUAUAUAUAUAUACACACACACACAUACAUACAUAACAAAAGCAUACUGCUUUGCAUUUGUGAAUGAAUUUUUGGUCAUAUUGUUUUCUCGGUGUAAAAUAUCAAUUAUUAUACUAGAAAUUUAUAAAUU